GUUGAUGUUGUUUGUGAGUUCCACUGACACACCACACUACAGCCCAUCUCAGAGAAGACCACCAUAGGCCCAGGCUGCAGCCAAGAUGAGAGAGUUCAAGAGCAAGGCAUUCUGGAGGGCCGUACUGGCCGAGCUCGUGGGGAUGACCAUGUUCAUAUUCCUCAGCAUCUCAGCUGCAAUUGGGAACUCAAACAACACCGCUCCUGACCAGGAGGUGAAGGUUUCUCUGACCUUUGGUCUGGCCAUCGCCACGCUGGCCCAGAGUUUGGGCCACAUCAGUGGAGCCCACCUGAAUCCAGCGGUGACACUGGGCAUGCUGGCCAGCUGCCAGAUCAGCGUGUUCAAGGGGGUGAUGUACAUCGUGGCUCAGAUGCUGGGCUCUGCUCUGGCCAGUGCUAUUGUCUACGGAACCCGGCCAGAGGAAAAUGCUGCACUAGGGGUCAAUGCUGUGAGUGGUACAUUUUGGUUAAUAUGUUUCAGAAUGUAAAUUUCAAUUGAACAAUUUGCUGGUGUUGUUUCAUUAGAAAUGUUGGCUUUCAAUUCCAUUUAAUGGGAAAUGUUUGCAGUGUGCAAUUUCUUGAUAAAUGUAUAUUGUAUCUCAUAGUUGUUGGGAAACAGUAAUGCAUGUGAACCUGCAUGCACUUCAUUGAUAAAAUAGUUGAUUGAACUUAGUUUAAUUAAGUUAGACUCAAUGAUUUUUGAAGGGACUCAAAUGGGAUGCCAUUCAUGUUUGAUUAGAGUGUACUUGGAUGCACCGGCUGCAAACAGUUGACAAACAGAAUCAUGUGAUGUUUUUUUGUACUCACACUAACUCAUACUAAGCAUAGGUGCUUCUGCUGUCCUCUAGUGAAUAUAGGAUGUACAGCUGCAUGGUAGUUACUUUCCCAUGCCAGCAAAACCACGCCUCCUAUAGACACCAAGUUAUAUCUGUCUUUUAAGCUAUUGAUACAGAGGAUCAUCAUAUCUAUUGGCAUUAACGUAAUUCUAAAUGAUCUAAAUUGAGCAUUAGCAAAGUCUGUAAGAUAACAUAUCUUUCAAUCAUGUACAAUUUCAAUGAGUGAGCAAACUAAGACUUGUUCAGACUUUGCCAAAUUAUAAUUACACUAUAAUCAGGCUGAUUUAGAUUUCAAAUGAGAUUUUUUCUCCUCAUCCUCCACUUCACCAGUGAAGCCUUUGCUUUGCCAGCUAUUUAGAAUAGCACAAAGUAGUUGAGAAAAUCAUCCAUCACGCUGAUGCACACUGACAAAUUGUUUUUGUUUGUUUCCCCCUCUGCCCCCCUCCUUUCCCCUCGUAGCUAAAUGGUGUCAGUGCCAGCCAAGGCGUUGGCAUCGAGCUCCUGGCUACCUUCCAGCUGGUCCUGUGUGUCAUAGCAGUGACUGAUAAAAGGCGGCGUGAUGUCACCGGCUCUGCCCCCCUGGCCAUCGGGCUCUCUGUCGCUCUGGGACACUUGGCAGCCGUAAGUUACUUAUAGUAGUUUGUCAACAAGGUAUCUCCUCUGACACAUGCAUCUGAUUAACAAAGCAUGGAUUUAGAAAGUGUUAUUGUGAUAAAUCACCAUUGAAUGAAAGCUUAAUUUUACUCAGUGCAAAUGUUGACACUUGAAUUUACCCCUUAAUCCUACAACCAUAAACUAUUAUUUCAAUAGAUUUUACAACAGAUCUUCUUAUCCCUCAUAUUGUCGUCAUAUAUUUCUCUUGUUGUUGUUGUUGUGUACAGAUCAGCUACACAGGCUGUGGUAUCAACCCUGCCCGAUCCUUUGGACCAGCUUUGAUCAUGAAUGAUUAUACAAAUCACUGGGUAAGUGGAGAGCAUGUGUGGGCAGGCACGUGUGUUUUCAGAUUCCUUGCAUUUAGUGUGACAUCAAUUCCAUGACAAGUAAAUUCAAUAAACUUGUAAAAGGAUUACCAAAGCUGAUCUACUUUCAAUAAAGAAGUUACUGAGUGACAGCAUCUCUAUUGUUUCAUUGUAAAGUCCAAGAUAUAACUAUUGAAAGCAAAGUUAAAGUUAACCCUGUAAUAUUUGUCUCCAAUCUGUUGAUUAAUCGAUUGACUUCUUUGCACCAUGGCAGGUGUACUGGGUGGGGCCAAUGAGUGGAGGUGUGGCAGCUGCUUUGGUCUAUGACUUCCUACUGUAUCCCAAAUCUGAGGACUUCCCUGAACGCAUGAAGGUCCUUGUUAGUGGCCUGGUGGGAGACUAUAAUGUUAAUGGAGAGGAGACUGCUGCUGUGGAAAUGUCAUCAACAAAGUAGUGUUGUCAUAGCAACACCAAAUAGUGUAUAGGACUUUAGAUUAUCUACCAACAGUAUACUCCUGUAAAGAAAACCUUGACAUUUCCUUUAAAAUGGCAGCAGUUGAAUUGUUAUUUCAAAAUAAUGAUAAACAAUUUCAAAUAAGAGGAGCAUUUUUAUUUUGAUGUGAAGUAUUAGGCCUGUUUCAUUGAAAAUCACACCACUGAACUACCGAUUAGUAGGCAAAUUGUCACUUGAGUAUCACAGGAGGUUGGUGGCACCUUAAUUGGGGAGGACGGGCUCGUGGUAAUAGCUGAAGCCAAAUUAGUGGAAUGGUAUCAAAUACAUCAAACACAUGAUUUCCAUGUAUUUGAUGCCAUUCCAUUCGCUCUGUUCCGGCCAUAAGUAUGAGCCGUCCUCCCUUCAGCAGUCUCCACUGUUGAGUAUUCACUUCAAUUUCUAAACAUCUUUAACAAGAGUUGUUGGAACAUCUUGCUCUUUGUUAAAAUAUUUCCCAUAUCAGUAUUCUAUAUAUAGAACUAUUUGUUUUUGUAUAUUUUCUAUGUACCUGUUUAUGUAAGAACUUUUUAUUUCUUGAUAUAUAUGUAUUUCUGUGUGCACCCUUUUGUACGUAAAUAAAACACCAGAUGUUAACAGAUGUUCCCCUCUUGGCAUUUGUCUCUUCAUAAACUGUUUACUUUAGCAAUAUCCAGGGACGGCCUGUUCAAUAGGGCGAUAUGGGCGACGCACUGCCAAACGGGAAAAGGAAGGGAUUUUUUUUCUAAUCAAUUAUAUCACGGCAACAGUAGUUAUCAGUGUUCACGUCUGAUCUGCCAGCCACUAAAUGUCAAAUCAGGCUAAAGUCGUGCUUCAAAUGGCCCCGCCCGUUUUUGGGGCGAUUUCAGUCAAGUUGAAAAUCGCCCAGAAGUCUCUCAUAGCCUGUCAUGUAAAAUCUAUUUUUUUCAAAUUUCAAAGCUUUCAAUACAUUCUCUAUGGGUGUCUGUGGGCUUGCACUUACGCGCUUUCGUCAUACGUGACGUAACCAUGAACGUAACUAAGACAAUAGCGGCUAGCAGCGUCUCUUUUGCGACCUGCAGUGUGGCGUUAUUUUAUGUUUUUAAUUUGUAGACUUAGUUUACAAACAUUCUGCCAACCAUGGAUUUCCAGUGGUUGGUUUUGGACUGAUCUUGUUGAUCGUGUACAUACCCGCUACGAACGGACUAAAUAAUGAAAACGCUGCUGGCAGCGGAAUCCCAAUACAGCUGGGAGACUUGGCUGGAUGACAGAGUCCCGGACAGAGAAGUGGAGCCGGCCGGCUUCACCCUGGUCAGAGCGGACCGCGAUCCUGGUAAGAGAGCGACUCUGUACCCCGACAUUGAACUGCUUUCUGUGUCAUUGCGACCUUACUAUCUGCCCCGUGAGUUCCCCCAAUUGUUUGUUACCGUUGUGUACUGUUGAUAAUCACAAGUUUACUGGAGAACUGAGACCAAGUAGAGACUUUGGACAGGGUGGAUAUGGUAUAAUAAAGGCAGUUUAUUCAGAGGUAAAGAUAUCUGGAAUCGCGUGCACGGACUCGUUCGUCAAACUCUUAGGGAGAAGAGAGCCCCGAAAACAUUGUGUGCAGACAUUUUAUACAAUAAAUGAUGUAGGUUGAAUCUAGUAGUUCUGAUCUUCUGAUUGGUCCUGAUGAGUUGGGCGACCUCCACUGUUGCAUUGGCUCUGAGUCGGGUUCUCUGUCUUCAAAUGUUCAGCCUAAAGAGAUGGGAUUUUUGUGUGUGUGUGUGUGUGUGUGUUUAACAGUGAUGAUGUGUGUGUGUGUGUGUGUUAUCAGUGAUGAUGUGUGUGUGUGUGUGUGUGUGUGUGUGUCCUCAGAGCAAGAACUCGUGAGUUGGAAGAACUGAGAGACCUAUGGUGUGGGUGUUGUCCUUGGCCACCUGCUGACAAGGCUGACAAGAUAGGACUCUUUUGUCCAUUGUUAUAGGAUAGGAACAGCAUUGAUUGAAAACAAACGCCCAACACAAAAUGGGUCAUGCACAAGAUUUUAGUCAGACCAAGCUAUAACAUUAUAUAUUUACUACGACAGUACAUUCAACCAAAAGCUAAUAUAACAAAGGCAUCAGAGAUUAUUUAUAAUCUGUCACAGAAACUGGAAUCCAUCUCCCCAGAUCAGUCAAUAAAUGCUUCUGGUAUUGACUUAUAUGCUGCCCCUGUCUUCAUGUUGUUGCUGGACAUAUCUUUUUUUAAAUGUGUGUAGGUCACCUAAAUCAUCAGAAAAAUUGCCCCUCCUGAGAAUUUUUUCAGGAGCCGCCACUGGCAAUAUCCAUUCUCUACAUCCAAACAGUACUCAGUCAAUUUUCAGUCAACGUUGAAGUACUAUCUGAACUAGACUACAGUAACACCACUGUUUAGGCUCAGGACCCAUAGCCUUAUCAUCAUCCUGUUCAUCACCGUCAUCGUCAUCAUCAGUCCAUUUCCUUAACUAGAAUUGCUGUUAACUGGCUGCUGUCCACUGCAUGCGUGAGCCAGUUAAAUUUAUUGAAAAAAUAUGAGUAACUUUUAACACACCCCAGUCUUAUCUGCAUUUUAUGUGGUUACAAAAAGUAAAAGCAGAGAGUAUUAGAGGCAAUAUGGGAUUCAAAACUUGAUUGGAAACAAUUGUAAAGGUUUUGGCUUUCUUCUUUGGGUGGGACAAACCAUAAAUCAGAGGCGUGGGCAUGACUGGUUUCUCAUUCUGACCAACCUUUCUGAAAUGUCUGUUGUUUGAAGUGAAGGAUUGUUUGGUGUUAUUGUCAGGAUUCAAUGACCACAUUUCCCUACACAGAUUCACAUCAAUCAGUUUGACCUACUCAAAAUACAGUGAAUAAUUCAGUGAACAAUAACCAUCUGAUUUGUUGUAGGCUACAAAGUUCCCCAUUCGUAAUAUCUGAAUACCACAGUGACCAAAGCACAAAUUUGUUGGUGACUAGAGAGGAUAUAGUUGUUCUUAGUUUAUGGGAAUCUAUGCAAAUCACCACAACAUGGUGUAUCAACAGAUAAACCAUUUUAUAUUAAUUUAUCAAAAUGUAACAAAAUAGAUUGAUUGCCUUGAUCAUAAUAAAAGAAAGGGAAAAUACAUGUAUGUUAUAGGCACAGCAGAUACAUAAAUUGAUCUGCAUUCCCAUUUCAAUUGGCUUGCUGCUCAAUAGAAGGGGCCUAUUAAUUUAGGUUGAACAUUCAGACCCUUACAGCUAGAAUUUAAUUGUAUAGAAUGAAUGGACAUAACCCUCCAAUUUUUUAAACUAUAGUAAACAGUAUUUAAUUUGCAUAUAUCCUGCCCAUUCCCCUCCCCCAUAUCCCAAUUUGUGCCACCCAUAAGUAAGAAACCUACAUGCCAAGUAUAGACAUAUAUUGUGUUCCCUACAUAUUAUAGAAAAGAGCAGAAGUGCUGAACUAUCUGUAGUCAGUCAGUCAGUCAGUCAGUCAGCCAGCCAGCCAGCCAGCCAGCCAGCCAACCAACCAACCAACCAACCAACCAACCAACCAACCAACCAGUGCCUACCUACCUACAGGCUAUGGAACAUUUGCUCUUUUAGUAUUUCUCUAGUAUGUUUCCUGAAGGAGAAACUCCCAGUAAUGGACACCAAAAAUGGUCAUAUCACAUUAUCUGGUGUACAAUCUGUAGCUAACCUGAACCCAGCCAUCACCCUGGGUUUGUUGGUCAGCUGCCAGUUCAGCAUCCUCAGAGCUCUGUUCUACAUCCUGGCCCAGAUGCUGGUUAGUGUUAUAGUGUUGGAAGUCAGGCCAAAAACCACAGAUUCACUUGGUGUUAAGAAAGUAAGUGUGGUGCAUGUGAUUCCAGUUUAUGGGAUUAAUGCCUUGUAACUGAAAGGGUGGUGUUAUGUGAUGUUUGCUCCACACGUUUGGAAAUUUAGUGAUGUUUGGGGAAUUGUGUGUCUUGCAUACCGACGACGGACAGUCACUGACUCAGUAGCCUACCAUGAGUUGAUCCCAAAAUAAUUUACAUUAUACACAAGUUAACUUGGGAUUUAAGUGAAAACUGAAUUUCCAUGUUAAUGGAGUCCUUUGUAGCAUAUGCCGCUCCAGCUCAGGCCUCUGUACAGGAGUUGCAACACGUUGACAAGAUUUAGAUUUCAAUGUCCUCUAAACGUGUUAGCCAUGUAUUGAAUCAAGAGCGGCACGUUCAUCAAACAGCUCUAUGCAUUGAGUUAAUGUGUUUUCCUCUAAUUUUGUCCUUUUAUAAUAAGCUCUCCCUUCCUGGCAGCCAUUGUUGGAGCUGAAUGAAACAGAGCCGCCUUAUCUUUCAACUCCCUCUGCUUAAAUACAUCCUUGGAAUGAUGGUAAUUCCAUUGUAUUUUCUGACGGUUAUGCGGGGCGAGACUAACUAAAUGCUUCCCUGUUCUCUUCUCUUGUAGUUUAAUGGAAUCAAGGUUUUGGCAUAGAAUUUAUUCUCACCCUCCAGCUUGUGCUGUGUGUCAUAGCAACCACUGAUAGAAGGUGGAGUGAUGUCUCAGGUUCUGAUGUCCUGCUGUUGGCAAUCGGGCCCUUAGUAGGUCUUGGACACCUUGUAGGGGUGAGUAAAUCAAAGCCAUUAUAUUGUUUUAAUCUACCCUGGAAACGAUUCAUGCCUUGCAGUGCAGUGGUAUAACACACAAAUUGGAUAAUUUACCUCACUAGUCUCAACGCCAGCUGUAACACACCUGGGUCAUGUUCAGUAGGGCACACCAUAGCAAAAAUGUUUUCAGACACUAAAUGAAAAAAAUCUGUAUUCUUAUUGGAAGAGUUCAGGUAGUUUCUUAACAUUUCAAAAUGUUGCCCACCUACUGAACACUAGCCUAAUGUUCAUGUAAAGGUAAAUAGUCCACUGGUCUUUCCACUCAAUUCGGCCCAUUAAUUCUACAGAUCAGCUACACAAUGCAAUCAUCCUGAAAGCCUUGGACGACCACUGGGUAUGUUUUGAAUAUGAACAGUCUGUAACUAGCAUGUUUCAGUUUGGACCAGCGAGAGAUGCUAACCCUAUGCUUGAUCAAUCCUAUGAAAAUGAAUGCCUUUGUGUCAAUUGUGUAAUGAAAAUUGUCCUUUGUUUUGGUACCUUCUAGGUGUACUGGACCGGGCCUAUAAGUGGAGGUCUGGUGGCGGCUCUGCUCUGACUUCCUCCUCCAUCCCAGGUCUGAGAAGAUGACAGAUCGCCUGAAGGUCCUGUGCUGUGGCCCAGACGUAGAGGACCUAGAGACCAAAGUGGAGGAGGAACCCCUACUGGAGGAGGCCGGUGAUCUUGCAGGGACUAAGUAACAGUGUUCAAAUAAUACUAGACGUAUAAGAUACCGUUUUGUAUUUGUCUGUGAUGACUGAUACACCCUGUAGCAUGUUUGGCUUCUUGUCAGAAAUAAAGCAUGGUCAUCCAUUUGAAUGUCCUGUUUUCAACUUUAACAAUCUUUAAUUUUAAUUUCUAAAUUUAACAUAUUGAUAUUUGACAAAUGUAAAUCAAUUGAAUUUUAGAGAAUGUGUUUUAAGAGUUCCUGUAUAGUCAUGUUUCUUGGUCACUUUUCAGUGUAACAAUUUCUGUUUAGAACUGAGGUACAUCUUUUAUGGGGUGACUGAGAAAAAGGGGUGAAACCUCAAGUUCCUUGUUAAAGUUGUAUUUCCUGUUACUUUGAAUGUCAAUGUCAGCAUCCUCCCACUUUCACUAGGGACCUACAGUAACACUGUGGUAUAAAUGCUGCUUGGCUUGCAUUGUUAGUAUCACUGAAGACACAACACAAACACCACCCAACACCACAUUGAGAAGUUGGGCAUUUUGGCGGGCCGUUCUAGCAGAGUUAAUCGAUAUGAUCCUCUUCAUAUUCAUCGGUAUCUCCUCUGCUAUCGGGAAUACCCAUAACUCCAAGCCUGACCAGGAGGUUAAAGUAGCGUUAGCCUUUGGUCUGGCCAUCGCCACGCUGGCCCAGAGUUUGGGCCACAUCAGUGGAGCCCACCUGAACCCAGCCAUCACCCUGGGUCUGCUGGUCAGCUGCCAGAUCUGUGUGUUCAAGGCGGUGUUCUACAUCCUGGCUCAGAUGCUGGGAGCUGUAGUAGCUAGUGCCAUAGUGUAUGGAGUCAAGCUAUCAAAACAUUGAUGCACUGGGGGUCAAUCAUGUGAGUGGACAUCACUUUUGACUGUUUUCAGAUUAUUGGCUAAUAUGGAGAGAUUUCAAACAAUAACAAAGCGGUCACCCGGCCACUGUUUUAGGAGAAAGCUGAGUGCUGGGUCUGGGAAAAUGUAAUCACUUUCAAAUUUAUAUACAGCACUAUGGAUGCAAAGAUUGACCAUCCAUGUUAACAAAAUAAAAGUUUGAACCAUGUUUUGAGGCUAUAUAGUGUUUGUUUACAAUUAUGUUGUAAAAAAAAUACAUUAAAAAAAGGAGUUAAAUAUGCUUAUAUUUGGGGUUCUGAUGGGGAUUUAUAAGUUAUAUUCUUCAGGAAUCAAUGGAUAUAUACUGUAUAAUUAAUUUAAAAGUACACAAAAUGAUGUACCAAUUGCAGAUUUCCACUUUAAGUAUUAAAAUGCUGAAAAUAUACAUUUGGAAUUAAUUCAUUUAAAAUGGAAUUGAUUCAGACAUGUUGAAGACAUUUGGGAAAAUUGUAAUCUAAAUUAAGCUGACACUCAUGUACUUUAAAUCAGACUGACUUAAUCAACGCUUGAGCCGUCAUACAUCUCAGAUCUCAUCUCAGAUACCACCUAAUGUUUCACAAGCUCAUCAUAUCCUCUCCUGUCUUUUCCAGCUAAAUAAGAUAAGUGUAGGACAAGGGUUCGGCAUCGAGUUCCUGGCUACCUUCCAGCUGGUCCUGUGUGUCAUAGCAGUGACUGAUAAAAGGCGUGGGGAUAUCACCGGCUCUGCCCCUCUGGCCAUCGGGCUCUCUGUGGGUCUGGGACAUCUUGCAGCCGUAAGUGAAUAAUGCUACUCAAACAUGUGUGCUGAUAAACAUGUCUUCAGCUUUACACUGUAGAUCUACAGUAGAUUAUAGUCUUGCUAUAAACAAACUUCAGGAAAAUCCAUAAAAUCUCCAGUGUAAGUGCAAUAUAGUGGUACAGUAUAGCAUAAGCAUGCCAUAAAAUGCAAGGGGUAAUCUUAAAGAGGACACUCCUGUAGUGUGUGUUUAACAUUAAGUUAUAGGAACUGAGAGGAAUAGAUUGCAUCUCUGCAAUAGAUUACCGUGUUUUUUUGUGGCCUAACUGCCCACCGUUCAAUUAACUAUUGUCUUGUCAUCACAAUAAGAAUAGGAUAAACAUGGGCUAUUAUUUAAAAUGUAUUUUAAUUUCUGAUGGAAUUGUGCAUGUGUUUGCCUGUGUUUUCCCAUGCUAUCACGCUGAAUAUGAAUGACUGGUAUAGAGUUUGUGAAUUGUUUCUAUCCUCAGAUCAGUUUCACUGGAUGUGGCAUUAAUUUUAAUUAUCCAGGUUGGUCUCAUUCAGACAAAAAAAAAGAAAACAGAGACGUGUUCCACAUAGCAAUUCUCUUCGUUCAGUACAGAUAUUUAAUUGUUGGUGAUUUGGACGGAGUCAGGCGCAGGAGGGGUAAAUCACAGAAUAAAUUGUUUAUUCUGAAAAUACAGCGGUACGCAGCAAUGCGUAAAACAAUUACAGUGCGGUAUAACGGCGCACUGGAGAAAACGAAACACACAGGUGAAUAUCCCGGCGAUACAGUACAAGAAGGCUCCACCGAGCUAUCGACACCUUCACAUGAAACAAUCACACACAAAGACAUGGGGGGCAGAGGAAAUACUUAUACCGGGACUGAUGAGGGGAUAUGAACCAGGUGUGUGUAAAAACAAGACAAAACAAAUGAAAUGAUGAGAUGAGGAGCGGAGUGGCUAGAAGGCCGGUGACGAUGUCCAGAGGGGGCAGAGGGACCUCCCGCACCUCAGACUCCUGGAGCGGACCAGCCACCACCGGCCUGAGGAGAGAUACGUGAAACGAGGGGUUAACACGGUAAUCAGGAGGGAGCAGCAACCUAUACGUAACCUCGAUAACUCUCCUCAGGACUUUGAACGGCCCCACAAACCGCGGGCUCAGCUUCCGGCAGGGCAGGCGGAGGGGCAGGUUCCGGGUCGAGAGCCAGACCCGAUCACCCGGUACAAAGACAGGGGCCUCACUGCGGUGGCGGUCAGCAUUGGCUUUCUGGCGACGCACAGCGCACUGGAGGUGGACAUGGGCGGUGUUCAACAUCUCCUCCGCGUGCCGAAACCAGUCAUCCACCGCAGGAGCUUCGGUCUGGCUCUGAUGCCACGGUGCCAGGACCGGCAGAUACCCUAAAACACAUUGAAAAGGAGAUAGUGGAGGAGUGGCGGAGAAAGUUCUGGGGAUAUUCGGCACAUGGCAAGAACACUGACCACUCACCCGGCUGGUCCUGGCAGUAGGACCGCAGGAACCUACCCACAUCCUGAUUCACCCGUUCCACCUGUCCAUUAGAUUCGGGGUGAAACCCAGAGGUCAGGCUGACCGAGACCCCCAGACGUUCCAUGAACGCCUUCCAGACCCUAGACGUGAACUGGGGACCCCAGUCAGACACUAUGUCAUCUGGCACCCCGUAGUGCCGGAAGACGUGAGUAAACAGGGCUUCCACAGUUUUCAGGGCCGUGGGCAGACCUGGCAGAGGAAGGAGGCAGCAGGCUUUAGAAAAGCGGUCCACAACGACCGGGAUGGUGGUGUUACCCUGAGAGAGGGGAAGAUCAGUUAGGAAGUCAAUCAAUAAGUGGGACCAUGGCCGUUGUGGAACUGGUAAGGGAUGUAACUUACCCGCUGGAAGGUACCUAGGUGCCUUACUCUGGGCGCACACCGAGCAGGAGGAGACAUACACCCUCACGUCCUUAGCCAAGGUAGGUCACCAGUACUUCCCGGUCAGGCAGCGCACUGUACAGCCGAUGUCUGGGUGACCAGAGGAGGGGGACGUGUGUGCCCAAUAGAUAAGAGGAUCACAGAUAAUAGACGGCAUGUACCGCAGCCCAGCUGGGCACUGAGGUGGAGAUGGCUCUGUGCGUAACGCCCGCUCUAUGUCCGUGUCCACCGCCCACACUACUGCGCCACAAUGCAGGAGGCCGGGAGUAUGGGGAUGUUGUCUGUGGGCUUCUCCUCUGUGUUGUACAGCCGCGACAGUGCAUCUGCCUUCACGUUCUUUGUGCCUGGUAUAUAGGACAGCGUGAAAUGAAACCGGGUGAAGAACAAGGCCCACCUGGCCUGGCGAGGGUUCAGCCUCCUCGCUGCCCGGAUGCACUCCAGGUUACGGUGGUCAGUCCAGACGAGGAAAGGGUGUUUCGCCCCCUCAAGCCAGUGCCUCCACGCGGUCAGGGCUCUGACAACAGCCAACAGCUCCCGAUCACCAACGUCAUAGUUCUGCUUCGCCGGGCUGAGCUUCUUAGAGAAGAAGGCACAGGGGCAGAGCUUGGGUGGCGUGCCUGAGCAUUGGGAUAGGAUAGCGCCUACCCCUACCUCGGACGCAUCCACCUCCACUACGAACGGCAAUGAUGGAUCGGGAUGGGCCAGUACCGGGGCUGAGGUGAACAGAGCCCUCAGGUUACUGAAAGCCCUGUCAGCCUCAGCAGACCAGCGGAGCCGGGAUGGCCCACCCUUCAACAGAGAGGUGAUGGGAGCUGCGACCUUGCCAAAGCCCUGGAUAAACCUCCGAUAGUAAUUGGCGAAGCCAAUGAAGCGCUGAACCUCCUUUACCGUGGUUGGAGUCGGCCAAUUACACACGGCUGAAAUGCGGUCUCCCUCCAUCUCCACACCUGAGGUGGUGAUGUGGUAUCCGAGGAAAGAGACGGGUUGUUGGAAGAACAGACACUUUUCUGCCUUGGCAUAUAGGUCAUGCUCCAACAGUCGGCCCAGCACUCUGCGAACCAGGGACACAUGCUCGGCACGCAUAGCGGAAUACACCAGAAUGUCAUCGAUGUAGACCACCACACCACGACCAAGCAUGUCCCGAAACACCUCGUUCACAAAGGACUGGAAGACUGAUGGAGCAUUCAUCAACCCGUACGGCAUCACCUGGUAUUCAUAAUGCCCCGUGGUUGUGCUAAAUGCUGUCUUCCAUUCGUCCCCUUCCCAGGACGCACCAGGUUGUACGCACUCCUGAGAUCUAAUUUCGUGAAGAAGCGUGCCCCAUGCAUUGAUUCGAUAACAGAGGAGAUGAGGGGUAGAGGGUAACUAUAGCGAAUGGUAGUUUGAUUAAGUGCACGGUAAUCAAUGCAAGGGCGCAGACCUCUGUCUUUCUUCUUCACGAAAAAGAAACUCGAGGAGGCAGGUGAAGUGGAGGGACGUACACUACCAUUCAAAAGUUUGGGGUCACUUAGAAAUGUCCUUGUUUUCCAUGAAAACAUACAUGAAAUGAGUUUGAAUAGGAAAUAUAGCAAAAUGCAUAGGAAAUGUAGUCAUUGACAAGGUUAGAAAUAAUGAUUUUUAAUAGAAAUAAUAAUUGUGCCCUUCAAACUUUGCUUUUGUUAAAGGAUCCUCCAUUUGCAGAAAUUAAAGCCUUACAGACCUUUGGCAUUCUAGUUGUCAAUUUGUUGAGGUAAUCUGAAGAGAUUUCACCCCAUGCUUCCUGAAGCACCUCCCACAAGUGGGAUUGGCUUGAUGGACACUUCUUACAUACCAUACGGUCAAGCUGCUCCCACAACAGCUCAAUAGUGUUGAGAUCCGGUGACUGUGCUGGCCACUCCAUUAUAGAUAGAAUACCAGCUGACUGCUUCUUCCCUAAAUAGUUGUUGUAUAGUUUGGAGCUGUGCUUUGGGUCAUUGUCCUGUUGUAGGAGGAAAUUGGCUCCAAUCAAGCACCGUACAAAUCUGUACAAAUCUCCCACUUUACCACCACCAAAGCACCCUCAGACCAUCACAUUGCCUCCACCAUGCUUGACAGAUGGCAUCAAGCACUCCUCCAGCAUCUUUUCAUUUGGUCUGCGUCUCACAAAUGUUCUUCUUUGUGAUCCGAACACCUAAAACUUCGAUUCGUUUUUCCAUAACACUUUUUUCCAAUCUUCCUCUGUCCAGUGUCUGUGUUCUUUUUCCCAUCUUAAUCUUUUAUUUUUAUUGGCCAGUCUGAGAUAUGGCUUUUUCUUUGCAACUCUGCCUAGAAGGUCAGCAUCCCGGAGUCGCCUCUUCACUGUUGACGUUGAGACUGGUGUUUUGUGGGUACUAUUUAAUGAAGCUGCCAGUUGAGGACCUGUGAGGCGUCUGUUUCUCAAACUAGACACUCUAAUGUAUUUGUCAUCUUGCUCAGUUGUGCACCGGGGCCUCCCACUCCUCUUUCUAUUCUGGUUACAGCCGGUUUGCGCUCUUCUGUGAAGGGAGUAGUACACAGCGUUGUACGAUAUCUUCAGUUUCUUGGCAAUUUCUCGCAUGGAAUAGCCUUCAUUUCUCAGAACAAGAAUAGACUGACGAGUUUCAGAAGAAAGUUAUUUGCUUCUGGCCAUUUUGAGCCUGUAAUCGAACCCACAAUUGCUGAUGCUCCAGAUACUCAACUAGUCUCAAGAAGACCAGUUUUAUUUAUUCUUUAAUCCGCACAGUUAACAGUUUUCAGCUGUGCUAACAUAAUUGCAAAAGGGUUUUCUAAUGAUCAAUUAGCCUUUUAAAAUGAUAAACUUGGAUUAGCAAACACAACGUGCCAUUGGAACACAGGACUGAUGGUUGCUGAUAAUGGGCCUCUGUAUGCCUAUGUAGAUAUUCCAUAAAAAAUCAGCCGUUUCCAGCUACAGUAGCCAUUUACAACAUUAACAAUGUCUACACUGUAUUUCUGAUCAAUUUGAUGUUAUUUUAAUGGACAAAAAAAUUGCUUUUCUUUCGAAAACAAGGACAUUUCUAAGUGACCCCAAACUUUUGAACGGUAGUGUAUGAACCCCUGGCGCAGGGACUCGGAGACGUAUGUCUCCAUAGCCUCCGUUUCAUACUGCGACAAGGGAUAUACAUGACUCCUGGGAGGCACAGCGUCUAACCUGAGGUUUAUCGCGCAAUCCCCAGCAGGUUGUCCAACCGGAUGGCCAUGUCAACCAGUUGGUUGAAGGUCAACGUGGUAUCCCGGCAGGCUAGCUCCCUUUGGACGUCCUCACGCAGGCUGCACCGGAAGCGGUCGAUGAGGACUUGCUCGUUCCACACAGACCCAGCCGCUAGAGUUCUAAACUCCAGGGCAAAGUCUUGCGCGGUCCUCGUCCCCUGCUUCAGAUGGACCACCUGGUCGCUCAGCUGGUUCCGCAGGGUCAGGUCCUCUCCUCUCCAGGCACUGGACGACCUGUAGAACCCGAUCCAUAUCUUCGCCCAAGCUGGCUAACAUGUUGGAAUGCUCCCGGACCCGCUCAACGACUCCAGGCAUAUUCCCUGCUCCUGCUGACUCCAUGCUGUCAGGUGUGUGAUUCUGUAGCGGGUGAUUUGGACGGAGUCAGGCGCAGGAAGGGUACAUCACAGAAUAAAUAUUUUAUUCAGCAAAUACAGCGGUACGCAGCAAUGCGUAAAACAACUACAGUGCAGUAUAACGGCGCACUGGAGAAAACAAAACACACAGGUGAAUAUCCCGGUGUUAUAGUACAAGAAGGCUCCACCGAGCUAUCAACACCUCCACAUGAAACAAUCACACACAAAGACAGGGACUGAUGAGGGGAUAUGAACCAGGUGUGUGCAAAAACAAGACUAAACAAAUGGAAUGAUGAGAUGAGGAGCGGCAGUAGCUAGAAGGCCGGUGACGACGAACGCCAAAGCCUGCCCGAACAAGGAGAGGAGGCAGCUUCGGAGGAAGUCGUGACACUGGGGCCGAUGUGUGGAGGUGUAGCGGCAGCCCUUAUCUAUGACUUCCUCCUGUAUCAUAGAAAUGCUGACUUCAGUAAGCAGAGGAAUGUUCUGGUCAGUAGGCCAGACAAGGAGAAUGAUGCCCCAGAGGAGGGCAGCAGUAGCCCUGGACCCAGUCAGUGUCCCAGACGGGACAAGUAG